AUGGAGAUAUAUGAUCAUCCUAUGAAUAUUACCAAGGUGAAGAAUAAACAUAUGAAGACAAUAUUCUACUAUUUAAAGAAAUGGAUUAUUGGCCAUUAUGUGGGUCUUCCUCGAAUAAUUCUAGUAGUAUCUUCCAUCUGUGCAAUUGGAGCAUUUUUGAAUACAUACUUGAAAGACUUUCCAAUUCCUCUCCCUGUGAUAUUAUUUUUAUUUGGCUGCAGUCUGGAAAUACUAGCUUUUACAUCAAUAAAGGUUCAAGAUUAUGUAUCUGCUGUUCAAUGGAUGAGCCCAAAAUUAUUUUUUUACAUAUUUACACCAAUAAUUAUCUUUAAUGUUGCAUUUGAAAUGGAUAUAUACAUGUUCCAAAAGUUAAUUUGGCAGAUACUUUUAAUCACAAUUCCUGGUUUUCUCUUAAAUAACAUCUUAAUAUUUUGGUAUCUGUUAUCUGUGAAUAAAUUACCUACAGGCACCAUGCCGCUGCUAUUAUUUUCACUUAUCCUUCAUAGUUCAGACCCCAUGCUGACUGCAGCUGCUAUCAGGAACCUUGGUCUUUCUAGAUCGCUUUCCAACUUAAUCAAUGGAGAAAGUCUGAUGUGCUCUAUUUUAUCUUUAAUGGUGUUUUCUUUUAUUUUGGAAAUUAAUAUAGCCAUGCAAAACAAUGUGAACUUCUCUAUAGGCUCACAUCUUUGGGAGGGACUUUAUUUACAUUUUGGAUUAAGUAUUGUGACUGGAAUUCUGAGUUCAAAACUACUACAACUGUGGAUGUCGACUAUCUUUGGCGACGAUCUCAAUCACAUAAGUCUCAGCUUUUCCAUUCUGUACCUCAUUUUCUAUUUCUCUGAGAUGUAUCACAUGUCUGGAAUAUUCACUCUGGCCAUUGUCGGACUCUUUUUAAAUUCUACAAGUUUUAAACCUGGAGUUGAAGCCCUUCUACUUGAAUUCUGGAAUUGUCUCUCGUUUGCUUCAUUUCUUGUCGUGUUUACUUUCAUUGGACUUCUAAUUCCUGCCCAAACAUAUUUAUAUAUAUCAUUUUCUGAUAUAUAUUUUUCAUUAAAUAUAUACUUGACAAUGAUUGUCUUAAGAUUUCUGGUCAUCCUAUUAAUAAGCCCUCUUUUGUCUCGGCUGGGCCAUGGGUUCAACUGGCGCUGGGCAUUCAUAAUGGUGCUGAGCGAGAUGAGAGGGACUCCUAAUAUUAACAUGGCCCUUCUGCUAGCGUAUGACUUUAACAUCGAAAGUGAGAGGGAAAAAUCCCAAAUGCUAUUUCAUGGAGUGGCUGUAUGUUUCAUUACCUUGAUCUCCAAUAAGUUUUUUUUGCCACUGGCAGUUGCUAAACUAGGUCUUCGCGAUAUCACAUCGUUAAAAUAUAAAUCACUUUAUUAUACAUAUAAACACUUCCAAGAGCUAACCAAAUCUAUAGCUUCUACACUCAAAUUUGAUAAAGAUCUCGCUAAUGCUGAUUGGAACAUCGUUGAGAAAACAAUUAUACUUCAUAACCCAUAUGCGGCAAGCCAAGAAGAAACAGCAGCCCGUUCAGUGGUGAAGUGUCCGGACUGUAACAAGGAAAUCGAUGAGACUCUUAACACUGAAGCAAUGGAACUGGCCAACCGGCGUCUUUUGUCUACACAAAUAGCAAGCUACCAGAGGCAAUACAAGAAUGAGACCCUGACUCAAAAUGCAGUCCAGCUGUUGGUAGGGGCAGCGGGAAGCUUUGGCGAGAAGAAGGGAGAAUAUAUGAGUCCUGAGACAAUAAAGAAGUAUUCUGAAAGCAAAAAAUCACUUACUAUAAUGAGAAAAUUACUGCUUGAUUGGGUAUACAAUACAAGAAGGGAGAGAGGGAUUCCGUCAUCACAUUACUUGCUGCGCCUAAUCCAUGAGAUAGUGUUUUGUGAUGAAUUUGAAUAUGUUGGAUACCUCAUAGUACUAAUGAAUCUGUUUCCGAUCAUCAUUUCUUGGAUAUCCUCUUUAAAUAACAUUUAUGAGGUAGAAUUAAUACGAACAAAUUUAUCUUUUCUUGGAUUUUAUAUCCUGGAGAUCACACUGAAGAUAGUAGCUAUGAAGAAGGAUUAUUUUUUGCACACCUGGAACACAUUUGAGUUAGUAAUUACAUUGAUCGGUAUCGUGGAUGCAAUACUGGAUGCUUUACAGACUGAAAUAAAUAAUUUUAAUAGCAUUAAAAUCAUCUUCGUCAUAAAAAUUAUUCGAAUAUUUCGUGUGCUACGCAUCAUGAAGCUGAUCACACCAAAGUUGCUGCUGAUAAUCGACCAAAGAAUGAGUCAACAGCUGUCGUUUCGGUACUCUAUAUUAAAAGGCUAUGUCCAAGGUGAGGCAGACAUCAUGCCUAUAAUCAAUCAGAUCUCAAGUUCUAAACAGGUUAGACAGGUGUUAUUAAAGCGAGUCACGAGAAAUUCAGGACGUGCUAUGAAAGAACUAGGCUACUUAGAGUAUGAUCAUCCAGAAAUCGCCAUCACUGUGAAAACAAAGGACCAGAUUAACGUCAUGCUCAACAUCGCGAGAGAAAUUGUGAAGGACUUCAGGUCAAAGGGAAUUAUUCAAAAAAUUGAUGGUUAUGCAAUUAACAAGUUAAUCAUGGCCCGAAAAAGAGAGAUGCUUGAUUUUCAACCAACGAUCAAGUCUCUGACUCUUGAAGAAGCAGUGAAAAAUAUUCCAUGGCUAGAUAAAGACCGACAUCACAUAAGCUUCUUUCUGCAACGAGCCUUGGUUGUAACAUUUGAUUGUGGGAAUGAUAUUUUUGAAGAAGGUGAAGCUCCCAAAGGAAUCUAUAUAGUUCUUUCUGGCAUGGUAAAGCUUCAAAGAGCAAAGCUGGGUUUAGCUAAUGACUGUGACUCAGAAGAGAAGGAUUUUCAGAUAACCCAGUCAGACUAUAUGAUCAGUGGGGAUAUAAUAGGAGAGCUAGACAGCUUGAUGAAUGAGCCCAUGAAAUAUUCUGCUACCUGCAAAACUGUCGUGGAGGCAUGUUUUAUUUCCAGAAAACAUUUGUUGGAGUCUUUUGAAAAAUGCUGUCCUCUCAUAGAAUAUAAAAUGUGGCUGAAAAUUGGACUCUCUAUUUCUGCGAAAAAACUCAGGGAAAACUUAUCUUAUGAGGAUUGGAACUACAAAAUGCAAUUGCAACUCUGCAACACUUAUGUUAAAGAUAUACCAAUGAAUACCAAAACUGAUAUUUAUGGUGAAACCGUAAUCUACGUCAUCCUCAUCAAUGGAGUUGUAGAAGAUUGUCAGUUACGGAAAAUUUAUAAGGCACCUUCUUUAAUUCCUCUUACAUGCCAUCAGAUACAAGGCACUGAAAGAUUUACAAAGAUAAUGAUUCUUCAAACCUCAUUUGAUAAGAAAAAAUCCAGAGGGAGUAGUGGGAGUGCUGUGCCUAUAUGUCAACAUUAUCUUGAAAAGGAAUAA